AUGACUUGUAAGAUGCUGCAGUUUACUCACUACGGGUCAAACCACGAGGCGGCAGCUGAUCGCAGCGCUUACGACAGCCAAGUGAAACGGGCUUACACGGAGAAGCGUCAAAAGAAGUAUAUGCCUUUAAAACCCAUCAAAGGAUCGUCAUGCUUCUCCGUGAAAGUCUUGGUUCUCAGCAGUUGGCACGAUCGGAAUUUGCGUAUAUAUGUGCGACACAUUCUAGCUGAUCAAGACUCCAUCCCCCAUCAACUUUCAUGUCUCACUUCUUCAAUCCCGCCGAUCCACCCUCAACAACCAGUUACGCCACAUCUCAUAUCGAUACUACUCAGGAUGCCCUCAGACAUUUCCGACGAGCAGAACCAGCAUCGAAGCAAGUUUACCCUAGACGAGCUCGUAUCUUCUGCUGCCGAACUACUUAACACCAUGGUCGAUCGUUCGGUCCAGACUGGAACUUUCUCUCCGAGCGAGGACGUGUCCUAUGCAGAGUCUGUAAGGAGGUGGGAAGCUUUGGAGGAGUCAUUGGACGAGGUUUGCGCGGGAUACCGCUCAGGCGAGGAACCGCAAGAAUUAGUUGAUUGUUUCGACAGUGGUCAAAUUGCCAAAAUCAUGGAAGCAUACAGGACCAAUAGAGACUGUGAUCCUGAUCCUGAGCGGGAUGUAAGAAUCCAGGAGGUCUUCGAAUAUCAUGAGGCAGCCAUCUCAGGAAAGGGUAAUCCUUCCCGACUAUCCUCCAACCAACUGGUACGACUGAACAAAGCAUUUCAGGCAGCUUAUCCCACUCACACUGGUCUGUCCGGAAAGGCCUACGGUGAUGUGACCGCAUGGAUCCUCCGAAACGAGACCACCACUGCGAAGCCCAAAGCUCCCACACAAGAGCCUACGUUGGCUCCGGGAGGAGGCUCACCUGCAGCCUGA